GGGAAUGCUGAACCUCGGCGGCUGCCGUACAACGCACAGUGAAAGGAUCGCAUUUCCACGUUUGUACCACUCAUCAGUUGCAGGUAGCACUAAAACGGUCGUCCCAGUCCGAGUCCUAAAGCGAACCCAAUACACACAGAAGUGGCCGAAGUCUGUCAGGAUUUAAUUGAUGUAGAAAGUCUCCAUCAAUCGGCCCAGUCGCCAGGGGUGUGUGUGUGUGGAGUUCGGCCGCAGGUGGGGUAAAGGUGUAAUAAAUCGUACUCAUUACCACCGGUAUCCAUUUAAACCCCCUGAGCCGGCGAGCAGCUCGGUCGAACUCGGCUUUGCGGUUUUGCGGCAUCAGAAUGCCAGCCUCGCCACAAUUCAAGUCGUGUCUGGUGCUGUGUGCCGAAAAAUGCACCCCGAAACUCGUGUGUUUGUGUGUCCUUUGGACACGGUUGAGAACGUCCUCCGGUUGCAGGUCGCACGUCCCCCGACAUGGUGCAUUUUUCUGUGACACAAAUUUUUAUUACUGUAAAAGAGGCUUCUGCGGGAGGGGAAGCGGGUUAGGGGGGAAGCACCAUUUCGCCGAACUCAUCACCAUUAUAUCCCGCAAAUACGAGGUGGGAUACGCGCUCGCAGCGACUCCGCAGCGAACCUCGAGCCCCGGAGGCUGACAAAACAAAAGAAUUCAAUCAGCGAUAUGGCGACGAACCCCUUGUUAUCCGAACGGAAUGGUCGCGAGACGGCACAGCAAAGCAACCCCGUUAUGUUGUUGUUGAGUAAAUUAACUAAAUUGCCCCGAUUGGAUGGUGCCGCUGCCGAUACUGGGGCCGCGUGUAAUGAUACGGAAAUAAUGGGCACGGGAAUGGGGGUCCCCCGUUUGACAAAUAGGGGUGUGAAAAGCGAUCGAUACAUGGGAAGCGGUUUUUUUGGUACGGAUUUCUACAGCCAUGCUCGAUUUGGAACCAAUUUCUCUCUACUAUUGCCUCUACUAUUGAUGUUGGAGUAAAUAAAUUAAAAAUUAGUUUUCCACAAUAAAAUUGUGAUAGAACUCUUGUAGAACCCAAUAAGAAUACAACAUAGAGGUAUUGAAAGUCGUAUUCAUAAACACUAAAAAAAGUUCAUAAAACUGUUCUCAAAUUCAUACAAUAAUGCUUUGUAUAUAUUUUAAACAUAUCAUUUUGCCCGUGUUUAAUAUACUUUAAAUGCAUUUAAAAGCCUCCGCAAACGAGAAACAGUUAUUGCAAAGCAUCCGAAAACAGUACUAUCCCGUACCCCACCAUUUACCAUCCCUCCUCCAUGGACGGAACACAUUACGACGAGGUGCAUUUCAAAAUCAUCAAAAUGGCUCGUAAAGCGCUGCUUCACGACACUAUCAUCUGCCAAUCAAUGCCAAAGCAAUCAUUGCCCGAUCGGAAUGCAGCGCUUGUGUAUUUGUGCGCGCAAGAGAAAAAAAGAGAAAAGAGAGAGAGAGAGAGAAAAGGGGGAUGUAUUUCGUAUUCCACAGCUGCAUCUUCAUCCCGUCCCACCCGAUGCCCAGAUGCGCCCACCGACAGCAGCCCACCGAGUCCCAGGGAAAGCGGAAUUUUGGAAUCGCAAUCAAAACCGAUUGCACAAGCCCGAUCGCACCUUUUGCCCUCCCAGCGAAACUGGUGUGUACUGGCGCAAAUGAGCAACCAUGCCCUCUUCCCUUCCCUCCCUUGCCAAGUUACGCAUCUCACAAAAGAAGCCGCCCCAAAAAGAGGCAAACAAAGUGUUGGCGUUCCAAUGGCCACUCGGACCCGGUCACACAGCAUCAGUGAGGUGAAGUAAAGCUCAGGCCCGAUUUGCACCGGGCUGGAGUGAACAAAAAAAACAACGGAGUAAGUUGACAGUUGAGAGAAGACAUCAACCACUUUCUUGGGCCACAAAAAAAAACACCACCACCACCACCACCAGGAGUAAUUUCAAUCAACAGCUUUCCUUUCGAAUCAACGACUCUGCUCUCUGUCAAUGUAAAAAAAAGACUCCAAAAAAGCACUGCCGUGACAACUCCACAGCGAUAUCUCGCCGGCGUGUUAGAGGUGACCGAUCCCUGGCGUGUGUUUGUGUGUCGCGACCUGGUCGCGUGUCUUUCCCGCUGCUGCCCUGCAGGUGAAACCCGAUGCCCUUCCCGAUGUUCGAUCGGCGCUCUAUUACGACAGCUACGAGACACGCUAGACCGCAACCGAUCGAUCAAAUCGUCAAACGCGCACGGGAUCGAUUUGGAUCGCUGUGGCCGGCGUACAAACCAAACACACCGAUUAACAGCACCACCACACAUCAGACACACACAAGAAGCAGAAAAGCUUAGCAUGCUGUUAAUUACAUGGGAAAGGUUUGUACGAUAUCAUCGCACCGCACAAGGUGGGUUGGGAGGGAGCGUUCCGCCCGCUCCCCCCAAAAUGCGGGUCACGGACGAACACAUUAGGGUGUCAUUCAUCAAUCGCUCCCCAGCUCGGAGGCGAUGAGCUGCCGCUAAGCAGCGCUCGAGCAUCGUCCGCGCGACCCAGCGCUGGGUGGACAGUUUGAACAUUGCGAGACAAUCAGUGCUGGCCCCGAAGGGUCAACCAUAGGUUGCACUUUACGACAAACUCUUCUUCCCCAGUCUCUCUCCCUGUACAGUCUGUCUUAGCUCAAGCUGACUGAUCAAGGACGAUCGUGCUGGGGUUUUGCUGGGAUCGCUCCGCCAACGGAUAAUUCCAUUCCGCCUGAAAUCAUUAUCGGAUUUGCUGUUGCGUUUUGGGUGAGAGGAGUUAAGCAUGUACACACCGAAGUGGCAAAAAAAACCCCAUUGAAACAUCCCCCUUGUGUCUUUAACUGUCGCCGGAAUCGGAGGCUCACAUGCCGGCCUCGCUAUAAAAGCGUGCCAGUAGUACUCCUGGCGGACCAUUUGGUCCCCAUACGGACACACCGACACCGUUCGUGCAAGCAAUGAAAGCGACAGUGAGCGUAAGUUUCCUGCAGCAAAUUGUUCCCCUACCCUCCCUUUUCCUGCCUCAUCCACUUCCAACUCAUUUCCAGUUACUGCUGCUGCUGCUGUUGUCCGUGGUCACACUCGGCACGUGCCGUACGGGAGGCUUCAAGGGAACGCGCACUUACAACCUGGAAACGGAUGAGGAUCGCUAUGGACGGUACGAGCGGGUACUGCUCGGGCUGAAAACUUCCGAAGGGCUGCGGUUGGAUCCGGCCCUGCUGGACGAGGUGCGCCAGGUGUUGCUGCAGGAGGAACGGCAGGCCGCAUCCGGCCGGGAAGUGGAGCCGGUCGAUGUGCAUCUGUACAAGCCGCUGCAAUCGCGCCAUAUCGCCCAAUUGCUUUACCGAGCGCGGCUUGAUACGAUGCUGGGCUCGAACGGGCGGACACGAUAGCCGCAUGCCACGAAGGGAAGCAAUAUGUAUUAUGUAUGUGCAGCAUUGCCGGGCAGAAGCCGGUUGGUUGACCGGUUGGGUUGGUUUAGUUUUUGGCAGGCACGCGUGUCACGGGAUGAUUUGAAAUUGACACAGCGGGUGCCAGGAUGACCAGAGUACAAAACAUAUACCGUAGGGCAGGAGAAGAUGGUGGUAAUAUGAUCAGAAAUAAACAUUGUAUAUUUUUAGGGUAAAGAAAGGG